UUUAUUUUAAAUCAAUCUCAGCACUUAACGGGGCACUCUCCAUUUCACCACGAAAUUUGUGGAAUAUACUUACACGACAUCGUUUUAGAGACGGUCUCCCUUAAACCCCUUAAUCUGUCUUAAACCCUAACAUUCCAAAUCCAAUCCAAUCCAAAAAAAAAUUCGCCCUUUGUUUUUCCCAAUUCAUUUUACAAAAUCCCUUUUACAAAAUCCCCUUUACAAAAAUGUUAAAUUCCAAACUCAGAAAAUCAUGUAGAAGCUCCACAAUUUCUCUCCAAAACCCUAAAAUUUCUUAUUUUUUCUCUUCAUUUUCUCACAAAUCCACAGAAACCCCAUCUGGGUCUUGCCAAUUCUCUCAUUCAGCACCAGAAAACCCCAUUUCACCAUCUGGGUCUUGCUCCAAUUCACUUCCAAGUAUCAAAAACCCUAAUGGGUUCCACCAAAAUCCACUCUUUUCAUCACUCUCAGAAUCCAAAAACCCUAUUUCAGCUUCUGGGUCUCCCGGUUCUAGGCCUAACUUUUCUGGGUUUUGCCCCAAUUCACUUCCAAACACCAAAAAUCCUAAUGGGUUUCACCAAAUUCCACUCUUUUCAACACUUUCAGCUUCUGGGUCUUGCUUCAGUUCACUCCCAAGCAGCAAAAAGCGUUGUCAGUUUCACCAAAGUCCAGUCAUUUGGACACAGUCUCACUAUUUUAGUACUGAAGCUGUUGUGGAGCCCUCAACCACGGACGGGCUCACCGUCGAGGGGAUUAUGGCUAGUAAUUGGACAAUUCUUGAUGAGAGUGAGAGUGAUUGGAGGAGUCAUGCUGCUGCAGUUGCUCAAUCCAUUCAUCUAAUCAAGAAGCGCUUGAAGUGGAAGAAAUUGGUGGUUAGGUUGGAUAUGUUAUCGAUGCAGCUGAAUAAGCCAGAUAUUUGGGAUGAUCCUGUGCAUGCCGGUAAGAUAAGCCGUGAACAUGGUUCACUUAUGGGUAAAAUGAAAGAAGUGAGGGCAUUUGAGCGAGAAUUGUUAGAGCAUAUUGACAUGAUUAAGCUUGCUCAUGAAGAGAAUGAUGUGGAGUUGGAAUCGGAAUCAUUGAAAGCUUUGCAUAGGAUGAGAAAAAAUUCAAAAGAGAAAGAGCUUCAAGCUAUGUUAGCUGGAGAGCAGGAUCCCUGCUCUUGUUACAUAGAGGUUCAAGCUGGAGCUGGGGGUACUGAGAGCAUGGAUUGGGCAGCAAUGGUUAUGCAGAUGUAUAAACUGUGGGCUCAGCAACGUAGAUAUAAAGUAACUGUGGUGGAUGAAAUGCCUGGUGAGAUUGCCGGAAUCAAGCGGGCAACAAUCAAAGUGGAUGGUGAAUAUGCUUUUGGAUAUGCCAAAGCAGAGGUAGGAGUGCACAGGUUGGUACGUAUCUCCCCUUUUGACAGUAACAAGCGCCGCCAUACUUCAUUUGCUGCUGUUGCUGUAAUUCCAAUCAUGGGUGAUGGAUCUACCCGUGUACAAAUCAAUGAAUCUGAUCUCCGUAUUGAGCGAUUUCGUGCUGGGGGUGCUGGCGGCCAGCAUGUUAAUACGACUGAGAGUGCUGUGAGGAUAGUUCACAUCCCUACAGGAGUUACUGCCACUUGUCAAAAUGAAAGAUCACAACAUCAAAAUAAGGCUUCAGCUAUGGCUGUGCUUCAGUCUCGAUUGGACCAACUUGAGAUGGCUCGCCAGGCUCAGAUGAAUGCGCUACAUACACAAUCUCUCACUGACAUAACUUGGGGCAGCCAGAUCCGUAGUUAUGUGCUCCAUCCUUACCGCAUGGUGAAAGAUCUCCGAACUAGCUAUGAGGUCUCAGAUCCUGAUUCUGUCCUUGAAGGAGAUCUGGAUGGCUUCAUCAUGAGCUAUUUGUCAGCCUCCUUGGAUAAAGAUGUAGAUGACCAAUAAAUUCAGUUACAAGAUUGUCAUGGCAUGAUGCAUAUAGCAGAGCUGAAUCCAUGCAUGCGUGAACAUCUGACUAAUGAUACAGGCCAAUGAGCUGCAACAGCAUGGAAUUUUGAUAGUCAUCAAGAGAUAAGAUAGUUGAGUUUAGACAUGGGUUUGCAAUAUUGGGUAAAGGAUGGAAAGAAAAAUCCUUCACAUAAUUAUUUAUUUUUGUGAUAGUGAUGGAAUUCAUUGAUGCCGAGUA